AUGGGUAAAGCAGCCAAAACCCGCAAAUUUGGUGCUGUCAAACGAGUCAUCGGACAACGAGAUGCGCGUCUAAAGGAAAAUAAAGAUAAAGGAGAAGAAGGAGCCAAUAAACCCAAGGAACUUGUUCGAGAAGCACCUCAAGUCUCAUCCGCUCUCUUCUUUCAAUACAACGAAGCUCUCGUCCCUCCAUAUUCGAUCCUCAUUGAUACCAAUUUCCUCUCUCAUACCGUUCAACGCAAACUUCCUCUUCUGGAAACUCUCAUGGAUUGUCUCUACGCUAAAUGUAUUCCUAUCAUUACUUCCUGCGUCAUGGCCGAAUUGGAAAAACUUGGUCCAAGAUAUCGUAUCGCUCUGCGAAUUGCGCGUGAUGAGAGAUGGCAAAGAUUGCAAUGUGAUCAUAAGGGUGUUUAUGCAGAUGAUUGUAUCGUGGACAGAGUACAGAAGCACAAGAUUUAUAUUGUGGCAACGAACGAUAGGGAAUUGAAGAGAAGAAUUAGAAAGGUUCCUGGUGUGCCCAUUAUGAGUGUGGCAAGAGGAAAGUAUGUCAUUGAGAGAUUACCAGAUGCUCCAGAGAAGUAG